AUGCUUCUGCUGGGCAUCUUGACCCUGGCUCUUGCCGGGCGACAGGCUGGCGGCUCUGAGCCGGAGCGGGAGGUGGUGGUUCCCAUCCGACUGGACCCGGACAUCAACGGCCGCCACUACUACCGAAGAGGUCCCGAGGACUCCGGGGAUCAGGGACUUAUUUUUCAGAUCACGGCGUUUCAGGAAGACUUUUACCUACACCUGGCGCCGGAUGCUCGGUUCCUGGCACCCGCCUUUGCCUCGGGGCAUCUGGGCACCCCACUCCGGGUGCUCACUGAGAACUCUGAGGACUUGCGAAGCUGUUUCUACUCUGGGGACGUGAACGCGGAGCCGGACUCGUUCGCCGCUGUGAGCCUGUGCGGGGGGCUUCGCGGGGCCUUCGGCUACCAAGGCGUGGAGUAUGUCAUCAGCCCGCUGCCCAACGCCAGCGCGCCCGCGGCGCAGCGCAACAGCCAGGGCACACACCUCCUCCAGCGCCGGGGCGUCCCGGGCGGCUCUUCUGGGGACCGCACCUCGCGCUGCGGGGUGGGAUCGGGCUGGAACCCCGCCAUCCUGCGAGCCCUGGACCCUUACAAGCCGCGGCGGACCGGCCCAGGGGAGAAUUCGGGCGGGCGCAGAUACGGGCGCGCCAAGCGCUUCGCCUCUAUCCCACGGUACGUGGAGACACUGGUGGUGGCUGACGAGUCCAUGGUCAAGUUCCACGGCGCGGACUUGGAGCAUUAUCUGUUGACGCUGUUGGCCACGGCGGCGCGACUUUACCGUCACCCCAGCAUCCUCAACCCCAUCAACAUCGUUGUGGUCAAGGUGCUGCUUCUUGGAGACCGUGACAGCGGGCCCAAGGUCACCGGUAACGCGGCCCUGACGCUGCGCAACUUCUGCGCGUGGCAGAAGAAGCUGAACAAAGUCAGCGACAAGCACCCUGAGUACUGGGACACCGCCAUCCUCUUCACCAGGCAGGACCUGUGUGGUGCUACCACCUGUGACACCCUGGGCAUGGCUGAUGUGGGCACCAUGUGUGACCCCAAGAGAAGCUGCUCCGUUAUUGAGGAUGAUGGGCUUCCAUCUGCCUUCACCACCGCCCAUGAGCUAGGCCACGUGUUUAACAUGCCCCAUGACAACGUCAAAGUGUGUGAGGAGGUCUUCGGGAAGCUCCGAGCCAACCACAUGAUGUCUCCGACCCUCAUUCAGAUUGACCGGGCCAACCCCUGGUCAGCCUGCAGCGCUGCCAUCAUCACGGACUUCUUGGACAGUGGGCAUGGCGACUGCCUCCUGGACCAGCCCAGCAAGCCUGUCUCCCUGCCCGAAGACCUGCCGGGUGCCAGCUACACCCUGAGCCAGCAGUGUGAGCUGGCCUUUGGCGUGGGCUCUAAGCCCUGUCCUUACAUGCAAUACUGCACCAAGCUGUGGUGUACCGGCAAGGCCAAGGGCCAGAUGGUGUGCCAGACCCGCCACUUUCCCUGGGCAGAUGGCACCAGCUGUGGUGAGGGCAAGUUCUGCCUCAAGGGAGCUUGUGUGGAGAGACACAACCCCAACAAGUACAAGGUGGAUGGCUCCUGGGCUAAAUGGGAGCCCUACGGGCCCUGCUCAAGGACCUGUGGUGGGGGCGUGCAGCUGUCCCAUAGGCAGUGCAGCAAUCCGGCCCCUGCCAAUGGGGGCAAGUACUGCGAGGGAGUGAGAGUGAAAUACCGAUCUUGCAACCUGGAGCCCUGCCCCAACUCAGCCUCUGGCAAGAGCUUCCGGGAGGAGCAAUGCGAAGCUUUCAAUGGCCACAAUCACAGUACCAACCGGGUCACCCUUGCUGUGACAUGGGUGCCCAAGUAUUCGGGUGUGUCUCCCCGGGACAAGUGCAAGCUCAUUUGCCGAGCCAAUGGCACCGGCUACUUCUAUGUGCUGGCACCUAAGGUGGUGGAUGGAACGCUCUGUGCUCCCGACUCUACCUCAGUCUGUGUCCAAGGAAAAUGCAUCAAGGCUGGCUGUGAUGGGAACCUGGGCUCCAAGAAGAAAUUUGACAAAUGUGGGGUGUGUGGGGGAGACAAUAAGAGCUGCAAGAAGGUGACAGGACUCUUCACCAAGCCUAUGCAUGGCUACAAUUUCGUGGUGACCAUCCCUGCAGGUGCUUCGAGCAUCGACAUCCGCCAGCGAGGCUACAAGGGGCUAGUUGGGGAUGACAACUACUUGGCCGUCAAGAACGGCCAAGGCAAGUACUUGCUCAAUGGCCACUUUGUGGUGUCAGCUGUGGAGCGGGACCUGGUGGUGAAAGGCAGUGUGCUGCGGUACAGUGGGACAGGCACGGCGGUGGAGAGUCUGCAGGCUUCUCGGCCCAUCCUGGAGCCCCUGACGGUAGAGCUCCUUUCUGUGGGCAAGAUGACACCGCCCCGGGUCCGCUACUCCUUCUAUCUACCCAAAGAGCCCCGGGAGGACAAGUCUCCCCACCCCAAAGCCCCCCGGGGUCCCUCUGUACUGCACAACAGCGUUCUCAGCCUUUCCAACCAGGUGGAGCACCCAGAUGACCGGCCUCCGGCACGCUGGGUGGCGGGCAGCUGGGGACCAUGUUCUGUGAGCUGUGGCAGUGGCCUACAGAAGCGGGCAGUGGAUUGCCGGGGCCUCCCGGGGCUGCUUGGAGACUCAGCCUGCGACAUUGCUCAUCGACCGGUGGAGACGCGAGCCUGCGGAGAGCCCUGCCCUACCUGGGAGCUGGGGACCUGGUCACCCUGCUCCAAGAGCUGUGGCCGUGGCUUUAAGAGGCGUUCGCUCAAGUGCUUGGGCCAUGGAGGCCGGCUGCUGGCCAGAGACCAGUGCAACCUGCGCCGCAAGCCCCAGGAACUGGACUUCUGCAUCUUGAGGCCAUGCUGA